AAUAUAGAAUAUCAGGUAUGCUAUAAAUAAUAAGAAAAACACUAAAUCAGGCAUGUUAUAUAGAAUAUGAAUAGGUUAGAAGGAAUGUUAAUAUAUAAAAUAUGAAAAAGGCUAAAUCAGGUAUGUUGUAUAGAGUAAGAAAAGGCUGAAUCGUGUAUGGUAUAUUAAAUAUGUGAAAGCUAAAUCAGGUACGUUAUAUAGAAUAUGAAAAGGUUAAAUCAGGUAUGUUAUAUAGAAUAUGAAAAAGGUGAAAUCAGGUAUGUUCUAUACAAUCUGAAAAGGCUAAAUCAGGUACGUUGUAUAUAAUAUAAAAAGACUAAAUCUUGUAUGUUAUAUAGAGUAUGUGAAGGCUUAAUUAGGUAUGUGAUUUAAAUAUGAAAAGGCUAAAUCAGGUACUAGUAAGUUAUAUAGGAUGUAUGUUACAUAGAAUAUGAAAAGGUAAUAUCGGGUAUGUUAUAUAGAAUAUGAAAGGGUUAUAUCGGGUAUGUUAUAUAGAAUAUGUAAAGGCUAAAUCAGGUAUGUGAUUUUAAUAUGAAAAGGCUAAAUAAGGUAUGUUAUAUAGGAUAUGAAAAGGCCAAAUCAGGUAUGUACGAGGGUUGUCCAAAAAAUUCGUGCACUGCAGUUAUUGUCUUGAGAGUUAUUGAUAAAAACCCAUGAAUUAUAUAUCAUUAGAAGGGGAAAUCUAUCUCAAAUAAGAAAACAAUAGAAAAAGCCAUGUAACCGGCGUGUCGUGAAAACGAAUCAUCAUACCGUAACCUUAGUAACGUAAUACCGGCGCACGUCAAAAAAUUGGGUAAGUUGAUUACUUUGAUGCAUCACAGUAUCCUUUAAACAAUACAUAUAAACGUCAAAAUUCGGGAAAAAGUGCGUAAACGUAUGCAUGACGUCACUACAAAAUAUGACGUGAUUUGCCCUAUUGUAAUGGUCGUAAACAAACAUUUCCGUGUGGUCGUCAAUACUGUCAUAACAAGAAAAUGUCAGUCGCUAAACGUCAGGAAAUACGGACGAUCAUUAAAUUCUGCGCAAGUACUGGUAAAACACAAACAAAUACCUACAAAGAACUGAAAAGGGCAAAAGGGACCAGUUCAGUGUCACGGAGGCUGGUUUUUAAAUGGCACAAACGCUUUGUCGAGGGGCGAGAGGCGGUAGACGAUGACAACCGAUCAGGCAGACGUCCGUCCGUUAUGCAGGCGCAUCUGACGUCAAUUAAGGACGCUAUUGCCAGGGACAGACGUUACACCGUAAGAGAGUUAUCAGACAUAACUGGUGUCAGUAAAUCAUCUGUUCACAACAUAUUGCACAAAGAACUGAAUAUGUCAAAGGUAAGUUUUCUAGUUUAAAAUUUUUUAAACAUAAAUUAUGUAUCUUAAGAAUAAAAAAAAUAUUACUUGAAUCCGUAAGAUUAAGAGUUGAUAAAUUGAUAGUAGCGCCUCGUUAUUUUUGUAAUCAUUUUUUUAAUCAAUAAAUCUAUUAAAUGGCGGCGUAAUUUUAUAUAACAAAGACCAGUGUUCUUAAUUUAGUUGCUACACAACUGAUAUUCUUUCCUGUUAUUAUAUUUAUCUAAUAAUAUAUUAUUUAGGUCCAUGCGCGAUGGAUACCACAUGUGUUGAAAUCGUAUGAGAAGGAGCGAAGAGUUCAAGAGUCCACCAAGUUUGUACAGAUGUUUGGACGGCUUGGUGAAGAUUUCCUCAGCUCUAUCGUCACUACAGACGAAACGUGGAUGUAUCUUUACGACCCCGAGACUAAGGGACAGUCAGCGGUGUGGCGGGAACUGGGCACGCCUCCGCCGCAAAAGGCGCGCGUUUCCAGAUCAGCUGGGAAGCAGAUGUACAUAAUGUUUGCUGACAUGCGCGGGAUGAUUCUAUGCCAUGCCAUACCACCACAUACAACAGUGAAUGCUGAAUAUUAUUCAAAGGUGCUACGCCGCGAUUUGAUGCACGCGCUAGCCAAGAAGAGACGGGGUUUGAGCGUUGAAAGUAUUCGUCUGCACCAGGACAACGCGUCUCCACAUACAGCAGCUUUAACCCAGUCGGAGAUAGAUGUUCUGGGAUUCAAGCGGCUCAGUCAUCCUGCCUACUCGCCCGAUUUGGCGCCCUUUGAUUUUUCACUUUUUCCCCACAUCAAAGGACAGCUGAAGGGACGGAAGUUCGAAACACUUCAUGAUCUUCAAAAUGCAGUGUUCGGAAUCAUUCGUACAAUUCCAAGUGACUUUUACAGGGACACGUUUCUGAAGUGGGUUGACCGCCACAGGCGAUGCAUCGAAUGUAAUGGGGAAUACUUUGAAAAGUUGUGAAAAGUUGCGAAAACGUGUAUGAUGCUGUAAAAUUAUGACUGUGACGUUGACGUCAUGCGUUUACCGUGCGCCGCUACAGCUGUGAUUGUAUUAUUUUCUUGUUGCUUGUAAAGCGGCAUUUGCUAUUUAUGUCAUAAUUUGUUUUACUGUCGAUAGAAAAUUGAUUGAAGUUAAGCAUUUUGUAGUUUUUAUUGUUCUUAUGAAACCUUCAUGUAAUAUAUUCCACCAGUGCACGAACUUUUUGGACAACCCUCGUAAUAUAGAAUGUAAAAAGGUUAUAUCGGAAUGUUAUAUAGAAUAUGUAAAGGCUAAAUCAGGAAGGCUAAAUCAGGUAUGUGAUUUAAAUAUAAAGAGACUUAAUAAGAUAUUUUGUAUAGAAUAAGAAAAGGCUAAAUCAGGCAUAAAAUAUAAUCUAUGAAAAGGCUAAAUCAUGUAUGAUAUAUAUAGAAUAUGAAAAGGGAUAAAUCAGGUUAUUGUUUAGAAUUCUUAUGAUUGUUGUCAUUAACUAGCUUCAGUCUGUUUAAUAUUUGCUGACUUACUGAUAAUGAGGCCCUCAGUGAAGUGUUCUAUUUCUUUUAUAUAUUUCUGUAUUAUUUACGCAUUAAUUUGUCCUUAACAAUCAUUUGAUGUCAUACUAUCAUUCAAA